AUGCUUACCAAAUUAGCUCUUGGCCUACUCUUGGGAGUAGUGCACUCAGUUGUUGGCAAAGAGUCGUACGCACCCUACUCGACAUCGAAGAACGAAUCGCAUCUCCAUACUCAUGAUGGAGGGUUCACCCCGGACUUCUAUCUCUCUGUCACAUACGAAAACCACACUGUAGCAUGCCAGCAUCGUAUGUCUGCGCUGGUAAAUGGCACAUCUCCUGGACCUAUACUGCGUCUCCCGGCGGGAAAGACUAGUUGGGUGCGCGUCUGCAACGAUAUGGAGGAGUUCAACACAACCAUGCAUUGGCAUGGCCUUACCCAACGCACAGCGCCUUUCAGUGAUGGUUCGCCAGUCAGUCAAUGGCCCAUUGCACCCAAAAGAUGCUUCGACUACGAGAUUCACCCUGAAUUUGAGGAUGCAGGAACCUACUUCUACCACUCUCAUAUUGGCUUCCAGGCUAUCUCUGCCGCUGGACCGCUGAUUAUUGAUGACUUUGGCAUUCCUCCAUUUGAGUACGAUGAAGAGCGUAUUGUCUUCCUCCAGGACUAUUUCAACAAGACCGACGAGACGAUGGAGCACGGACUCGUUGCGACCCCAUUUGUUUGGACUGGCGAGACAAACGCAGUACUUCUGAACGGUAUCGGUGUAGCUACCGGUGAAACAGCUGGCCAGGGCAACUGCCAACUGCCGGUGAUUGAUGUGGAGCCCGGAAAGACGUAUCGCAUGCGCUUUGUUGGUGCAACAGCCAUAUCCAUGGUCUCAUUAGGUAUAGAGGGUCACUCCGAGCUCGACGUGAUCGAGGCAGAUGGUCAUUAUACGAAGCCGUACACUACAGACCACAUGAUGCUUUCAUCUGGACAACGUUUCGAUGCACUUCUCAAGACGAAAACGAUUGAAGAGCUCGGAAAUCAGACCGACUACAUUAUCCAGUUUGAGACCAAAGAUCGGCCCGCCAUCUAUACUGGGUUCGGUAUCCUGCGCUACCCGAGCAAUGGACCAAAGAUCACUUCUGCGCCCACGGUAGCCCCUCUAACUCUUACCAACGCCACCUACGACUUCCUUGAAUAUGCUCUCGAGCCAUUGGUACCCAACAACUUCCCCCAUGCCUCCGAGGUGACUCGUCGCGUUCAUGUGAGCAAUGUGCAACUCAGGCAGUCCACCACCAUCUGGCAGCUCGAUGGCCUGAACUGGACCGAAACGAAUCCGGCCAACAGCCCCCCAUACCUCGUCGACAUUUACAAGAACGGCCCUGCGGCGAUGCCAAACUACACAGCAGCCAUGGAGAAUGGCGGCUGGGACCCCUACACGCUGACUUGGCCUGCCAAACUCGGUGAAGUUAUCGAGAUUAUCUUGGAAAAUAUGGGUAGUCUCGUGGACAACAACGGCGGCUUCGACUUCCAUCCCUUUCACCUGCACGGUGCCCACUUCUACGACUGCGGAAGUGGAAAUGGGACUUAUGAUCCUGUUGAGAACGAAAAGAAGCUUGCAAAAUACAAUCCCGUACAGCGGGAUACGACGAACCUGUACCGUUAUCGUUCCAAGGGCACGGCAGGAGACGACGAGGGUUGGCGUUGCUGGAGAUUGCGUGUCCAGGACGCUGGAUGCUGGAUGCUUCAUUGUCAUGUGCUUCAGCAUAUGAUCAUGGGAAUGCAAAGUGUAUGGAUUAUGGGUGAAUGGGAAGAUAUUGCGCGGAUUCCGUACUCGGGUGCGCAGGGAUAUCUGGACUUUGGGGGUACAGCCUAUGGAGGACAGGAUAUCUCGCCGGUUGCCUACCACUGGAACGAGUAA